AUGAUUUUGUGUCACUUUGCCUUGUCGCAUUUCACAGCCGUGGAAACGAAAUUUGAACAAAUGGCAUUCUCUGACACCAUCACAGAAACCUGGGCACACAUUGUGGGUCAGUUCUCUAACCAAAAUAAUGAUAUAUGGAGCACUUUGCACAGUUUAAAGUCACGUAUAGGUGCUCAAAGUGAGUUGUUCAUUCAUGAGCUUAAAAGUGCCAAUUCUGAUUCAGUGUUGCAAGAUGUCAAGGGACUUAAAAUCACCCCUGUGACGGUAACAUUGGCUGCCGUGGUGCUCACUACAUUGGUGAUUGUCGGUAGUGUUGCUGGUGGUAAUUCCAGCAAUCAAUCGCAAGGGAAAAAGAAGAAGAAACCAAAAAAGAAAGUGUCUCGUGCCCAGAAAGCUAACCAUGAAAUACAAAAAGUUUUGGAUUAUGUGGAGGACAAUUACGUGCCUCAGAUCGACGAGUACUUGUCUGAGUACAAGUCCAUGAAACCGGAAGAUGUGCAAUACAAGUACAAGUACUUUGAAGAGAUGCUUCUUAAAGAGCUCAUGAAACUCGACGGUAUCGAUGUUACAGGCAACGAAGUAUUGCGAGAGAACAGGAGAAAGGUGAUCAAGUUUGUUCAGGACCACCAAAAGAGAUUGGACAAGUUUAAAAGGGAGGCCAAGUUCUAG